UUCGCUUUCGCACCCCAAUAUCUUCUUCCUCACUGUUUCUUCGCUCUUUCCCCUCUCGCCUUUUACCUUCGACAUUUCUUAGUAAAUUCCGCCGCUCUUUUAUGAUUGACCGAAAAGCAAUGCUUUGAUCCAAUCGUUUCCUAGUCUCACCAUGAGCGACUCCAACAGUUCCUCUUCCUCCUCCGACUUCGUUUCCGUCACCACCGUCAAUCAGAAUGUAGGGAGGAGUCAAAGAAUUGCAGACGGUGGUCAACCAUUUUCGCCAGAAUCACGUCACUGGCGAGAUGUUUUUUGGUUAGGAAUAUUUGUAAUACAUAUGGUUGGUUUAGGAUUUGUUUUAACUGUUCUUGGACUCAAUAGGUUUAAGAAAUCAGACAGAUUAAAUAUUGAUCGAUACACUGAUAGAUUCUGGGAGAAUCAUCCAGGAUUAACAGAGAACUAUUGGCCAUUGUAUGCUGUUGCUGGAGGGGUUGGGACUCUUCUUGGAUGGAUUUGGUUGUUGUUGCUUGGUUCUCGGGCAAACCAAAUGAUGAAGGUUUCUGUUCACAUUUUGACUACGUAUCUUGCAGUGAUUAGUGUUUUAUGCUUUUGGUGCAAGCAGUUUUUCUGGGGGGGUGCAUUUGCCGUCGGUGCUGCACUGCAGUUCUUGUAUGUUAUCUCAGUUAUAGACAGACUUCCAUUUACCAUGCUGGUAUUGCAAAAAGCUGUGAAGAUGGUAUGGAGUCUUCCAGAAGUUAUGAGAGUAGCAUACGCAUUUAUGCUACUCAUGCUUUUGUGGAUGGGUAUAUGGUCUUUUGGAGCAGCCGGUGUUGUGGCUUCAAGCAGGGGUGAUCUUGGACGCUGGUGGCUUCUUGUGGUUCUCUCCAUAAGCUUAUUCUGGACAGGUGCAGUCCUCUGUAAUACCGUGCAUGUUAUCGUGUCUGGAAUGGUGUUUCUGGUUCUCAUUCAUGGUGAUAGACAAGCUUCAUCAAUGCCUCCCAACUCCUUGAUGAAAUCUCUACGGUAUGCUGUGACAACUUCUUUUGGAAGCAUUUGCUAUGGAUCUCUCUUUACUGCAGCUAUUCGAACUCUACGGUGGGAGAUCAGGGGAGUCCGGUCCAAAAUUGGCAACAAUGAGUGUUUGCUUUGCUGUGUUGAUUUCCUCUUUCAUCUGGUGGAGACUCUUGUUCGGUUUUUCAACAAGUAUGCCUAUGUCCAGAUAGCCGUUUCUGGAAAAGGUUUUAACCGUUCAGCAAGAGAUGCCUGGGAAUUAUUCCAGUCGACUGGAGUAGAAGCACUUGUGGCCUAUGAUUGUUCUGGUGCUGUUCUGUUGAUGGGCACUAUCUUGGGUGGACUUAUCACUGGAACUUGCUCGGGUGUUUGGACAUGGAUUAAAUGGACUGACAGGGUGAUUAUGGUGGGGUCUACUGCAAUGUUGAUGGGAAUGAUCUUGGUGGGACUCGCAAUGGUCGUGGUGGAAAGCGCUGUUACAUCAAUUUACAUAUGUUAUGCAGAAGACCCCUUGUUGAUCCGUAGAUGGGAUGCUGAAUUUUUCAGCCAAAUGUCUGAGACACUGCACCAACGUCUUCAGUAUAGAAGUGCACGGGCUAGGGAAGUAUUGACCCACAACCACAAUCAGCUCAAUGGUCACAUGCAAGAUACGUUCCCUAUCUGAAAAGUCACAUAGUUUAACUACACUUUAAGCAUUAAUUAAUUGCUCUUUAAAUUAUUCGUCCCAAAAUGUGAAUGUUGUGUUUAGUUUGAAUCUCUGUCCAACUACCAACAAAAACGAAGGCAUUAUGUAUCUUACUGUUUUUGUUCAAGUAUUAAAUUUAAGUUUUGCAU